AGUGCAGGAGGGACUAGGUGCAACAAAACCAGCAAGGAGCGCUUUCCUCACUGCAUACUACCUAUAGCAAACAUUUGUUUUCACUGCAGAGGUACCCUUAUCUAGGCUUUUCUGUUAAAAAAGCCCCAGCAGACUAUUGACACCUGAGACUGUGCGAGAAGGAGGGUGCAGAGGUGUGGGAAGGAUGAACAUGCUGCCUUCCCCUUCAGCAGAGAUCAGGCUAUUUUAAGAAUAACAUGUCUUUCGAGUGGAAGCACUGGCAGCCCCGGUGUAACUGCGGGAGGACCAGUGGGAACAAGUGAUCCUGCAAUGUUUUUUCCUGCCUCAGCUGUGGGCCCAAACAGCGUUGUGGGAGCGAGCUGGAGAUGGUGGACCAUCUUGCAAACACUGAGAUCAACAGCCAGCGCAUUGCUGCUGUGGAAAACUGCUUUGGGGCUUCUGGACAGCCCUUAGCUGUGCCGGGAAGGGUCCUGCUAGGGGAAGGGAUUUUAACCAAAGAAUGCCGCAAGAAACCAAAGCCUCGCAUAUUCUUCCUUUUCAAUGACAUCCUCGUCUAUGGCAGCAUAGUCAUCAACAAAAGGAAGUACAAUUCCCAGCACAUCAUUCCCCUUGAAGAUGUCACUUUGGAGACACUGCCAGACACUUUACAGAUGAAGAACCGCUGGAUGAUUAAAACCUCCAAGAAGUCCUUUGUGGUUUCCGCAGCCUCCCUGACGGAGAGGAAGGAGUGGAUCAGCCAUCUGGAGGAGUGCAUCAGGCACCUGCUGACAAAGACGGGCCGACAGCCCUCCACAGAGCACGCAGCUCCCUGGAUUCCAGACAAGGCGACGGAUAUCUGCAUGCGCUGCACGCAGACCAAGUUCUCCACACUCACACGAAGGCACCACUGCCGCAAGUGCGGCUUUGUUGUCUGCGCAGACUGCUCCAGGCAGAGGUUCCUGAUGCCCCGGCUGUCCCCCAAGCCCCUGAGGGUUUGCAACCUGUGCUACAGGCAGCUGCUGGCAGAAAAGAAGAAGGAGGCGGAGGCAGAUUGCAGGCAGCAGGAGCCGAUCUGCUCUGCCAUGCCAGGCUAUGAACCCUCCAGUGGUGAUGACAGCGACAAGUCUGAUGAUGACAAAGCUGACCAGUGGCCAGCAGACACUGAGUUUUAUACCUCAGAAGUAUCCUGGUCAUCUUUCCAUAGCUGACCUCCUUGGGAAUCAGUGGCAUUUAGGCAUUGGGAAGCCAACUUUUGGCCUCCAGUGCACAUCCUUCUUGAUGUUUUCCCUGGAGGCUGUGCCUAGGAAAGUGGAUCUUAGCCCGUGUGUGUGGUGUCUGUGUGGGGAGCAGAGAUGGGAUUACCCCUCUGAGAAUGCAUUUCGUACAACAUGAGUGCAGAGAGCAACAGCUCAGUGAAGAGCACAGACUGGGCAGAGACCUGCAGAUCAGGCUUGGCCAAAUGAGUUCAACCUUUGGUGCCUUAGUCUUCCCAUCUGCAAAUACAGAGCAAUACUGACUUCUUUACUUAAAAGGUUUGAGAUUGGGCGAGAAAAGAGCAAGAAAUCCUCGAGUUAAACACUUGCCUGCUAGCAAUGUGUUCCUCUAUCAUGGCAAGGGGCACUCCAGCUGCUGUUUCCCAUGAGCAUUGCAUCUACAUCAGAGAUGCUCACUGCAAGCCUGCCAGCCCAAAGGGAUAGCCACUCAUCCCGGCACGGUAAGGUCAGCACAGGCUUCCACUUCUACACACAGGCCUCUCAACUUGGAAACACUAAGGGAGUAGCGCUCCAAAUGCAGGGAGCUCAUGCAAGGCUCAGUGUGGGCAGCCUUAGCAAAGCACUGGAGCAUCCAGCAAUCUCACAUGGAAAGAAGCCAUUUUGAUGGUACCGGACCAGGAGGGAGGAAGAAAAGACGAAAGGGACAGGCAAAAUUAUACACAGGAGUGAGCUUAGGAGGGAGAGACUUAGUGUAGUUGACUCAAGUAAGUGCAGAGCCCUAGAUCUCAAAAAUGGGCUGCUAAUCCAUCAGAUUACCAGCAACUUGAUGAACUCAAGCCUAUCAGCCCAGGGAAGACUUGUUAAAAGUCCUGAAAAAUCCAGGAAAAUGCCCCACAUUAAGAUCUAUAAAGUACAGCACUUCAACUUCCACCUCCCUGCUGAGCAGGAGCCCAAGGCAUUGAAUGAGGCUCACUUGCAGGCUCACCUCAUGUCUAUCAGUCUCCCAAGUUCAAAGUUAAGGUCCUUUAUGUAUUUCCAGGAUUGGAGCACAAGACUUUACAGUUCACUUGAGAUCAACUUUAAAGUUCAAAUUAAGUUAGAAAUAAGCCAUGUUUAUUCAAGUAUUUUAUCAUAAUAUAGCAUGGGAGUAAAUAUACUGAAAAUCAGACAACAGCAAUUGUUUUGCAGCAGAUUUUCUACAAACUCGUUAUUACUUUGAUUAUAUUUUUGUAUUGUGUAUUUUAUGCUCUGGAAAAGCAACAUGCUUGGGAGUACACUGCCAGUAUUAUAAACCAUUUCCUUACCAUGACCUGUUCCAAACAGUGCAUUGCCUGCCAGAUGGCCAAACUUAGAGUUUUUUAAAUUUUAAUUCAAAGUAGUCACUUUUAGUGUUUUUUGUAAACUGCCACUGUUCCAAUGAAUUUUUGUCAGUCGACUGUGUGCAAAUAAAGAUAUGGCCAACAGGAAGAAACCAGGAAAA